GAAAGCAGAUACUCCCAAGCCCCAUGCUGUUCCUCUGUUCACUGUUCUGGGACUUUGCGAAAAGUGGAGGUGGAGAAGAAGAUCGAAGAGGAGGUUAUUACAAGAUUAGCCCUUUGCAACUUGCAAGAGGGGCAGUUAAAUUUCAAAAAAGCCAGAUCAGAGAGAAACUUAUGGGGAAUGUUAAAAACCACAAAAAUGAUGGAUUCUUGACCGGUAGAUUGUCUGACAAGACUUCCAUGUGAUCAGUGCAAUUAUCAUUUCUCCCCUCCCUUCAAUUAAAUACCCCCACACCUUCCUUUUUCUUGAUUCUGUAUCCAAUCUCUCUCUCUCACUGCAUUUACUUUCCCACCAGUGUUUCUUGGCUGCCAUUUUUCUCCCCAGUUUUUGCUUUGUAGAGGUUGAAGAAGAAGAAGAACUGGGUUUGAGAUAUGGGGUUUCUCUUUCUCCUGCUACUGGUGUUCUUGGCAGUUUCUGCUGUUUAUGCUGAUGAAGAUGCGUUCGUUGGUGUGAACAUAGGAACCGACCUGUCAGACAUGCCACACCCGACGCAAGUAGUUGCACUUCUCAAAGCCCAGCAAAUUCGUCAUGUCAGGCUGUAUAAUGCAGACCGAGGCAUGCUCUUAGCACUUGCUAAUACAGGCAUCAACGUUGCUAUCUCGGUCCCCAACGAGCAGCUUCUUGGCAUCGGGCAAUCCAAUUCCACUGCUGCAAAUUGGGUCUCGCAAAAUGUUGUGGCACAUUAUCCAGCCACCAACAUUACAACUAUUUGUGUUGGGUCCGAGGUUCCAUCGUCCCUCCCAAAUGCUGGGCGUGUCCUUGUCACUGCCCUCAGGUUCAUUCAUUCAGCUCUCGUGGCGUCCAACCUCGACAGGCAAGUGAAAGUUUCGAGCCCUCUUGCUUCGUCCAUAAUCCUCGACUCCUUCCCCCCGUCCCAGGCCUUCUUUAACCACUCCUGGAAACCCGUCUUGGUCCCAAUGCUUAAUUUCCUGCAAUCUACUGGCUCGUUUUUUAUGCUCAAUGUAUACCCUUAUUACGAGUAUAUGCAAUCGAAUGGCGUUAUUCCCCUCGAUUAUGCUCUCUUCAAGCCCCUUUCUGCUACCAAAGAAGCCGUGGAUUCCAACACCCUCCUCCACUAUACCAACGUGUUUGAUGCUAUGGUCGACGCUGCUUACUUUGCAAUGGCUGAUCUUAACUUCACGAGCAUUCCUGUCGUGGUGUCCGAGUCGGGCUGGCCAUCGAGAGGUGACUCUCACGAGCCCGAUGCCACGUUAGAUAACGCCAACACCUACAACAGCAAUUUGGUAAAGCACGUGAUAAACAAAACCGGGACUCCAAAACAUCCUGGGAUUGCUGUUAGUACAUACAUUUAUGAGCUGUAUAAUGAAGACAUUAAGUCCGGUCCUCUGUCCGAGAAGAACUGGGGAUUGUUCGAUGCAGACGGGAGACCUGUGUAUAUCCUACGCCUCACUGGAUCAGGAUCUGUGCUAGCAAAUGAUACCACAAACGACACGUUUUGUAUUGCGAAAGAAGGGGCUGAUCAUAAAAUGCUGCAGGCUGCUCUCGAUUGGGCUUGUGGACCGGGGAAAGUGGUUUGUUCGCCAUUGAUGCAGGGAGGACCGUGCUAUGAACCUGAUACCGUGGCAGCUCACGCCACAUAUGCUUUCGACGCUUAUUAUCAGAAGAUGGGGAAGGCCCCCGGGACUUGUGACUUUAACGGGGUGGCUACUGUAACUACAACUAACCCUAGCCACGGUUCAUGUCUAUUCGGGAGAGGCGGGAAAAAUGGCACGUUUUUGAACAGCACAGCUUCGGGCAUAGGUGCUAACAUCACGUCAGGCUCCCAAACGACGCAGAACUUGAACUUCAAGUCCUUCGUGGCACACAUCAUGCUCGGGAUUUUAGGAUGGAGCGCGACUCUCUUGUAGCCAGCCUGCAUAUAGGCUGCACGAGUUAUAAUUGAAUGUAGUGUUGUUGAUCGUAUUGAAAGGGGAGGUAGGAUGAUGGAGCCUAGCCUUGGGGGGUGGUCUUCUUGAUGAGCAAAAUUUUGGUGAGAAUAUGGUCAUUUUUUUGUACAGAACCAGUUUACAUUUGGAAACAGGCUUUCCUUGGGUAGUUGAAUGCAUUCAAAUUGGGUACUAAAAUAACUUCUUUUUUUGGUUGUUGUAUUUUGGUACAUUUGAAUGUUCUUGAGCUGCAG